AUGACAAUACUGACUCCUGUGAACAACAGUGUUGGUCGGAUAGAGGCCACCGACAUUGAUUCUGAGCCACUGUACUAUCGUUUAGAGCCAGCCACGCAGACUGAUCUUGACUUCAUGGUUUCCCUCUGGAAUGAAGGCAGCAUCUUCCAGAUCGACGAGGAGACGGGGAACAUCUCCAUGGCCAAAGCGGCAGACAUAGCAGGCCCAAUAACCCUCACUGUCCUGGCCUCCCAGGUCACCAACAGGGACCAGUUUGCGGUGACUCAGGUCACCAUCGAGGUGCUGAGGAAGAGCAGGAACCCUCCGCGGUUUGAGAAGGAGCGUUAUGAAGGAUACAUCUACAGUAACUCAGUCCCAGAGACCAUGAUCCUACGAGACAGAACCUCCAACAGACCGUUCAGGGUCAGGGCCAGAGACGAGGACUUUGCCACCGGUGUAAACCCAGACAUGAGAUAUGAGGUGCAGUACAGCAGUUAUGUCAACGUGACAACUGAAGGGUUUGUUCUUCUCAAAAGGAUAGUGAAGACAGAGUCCUUCGCUCUGCAGAUUCGUGCUAUGGACCUGUCUACAGGGGAGUUUGGUACAGCGGCCCUCUCUGUCCUGGUUAUACCAGCUGUGGCGGUUCCUUUGCCCUCGGGGGCAGGGUACCGGGCGGGGACAUGGCUCUGCUAGGAUUGGUCAUGGCAGCCAUCUUGGUUUCUCUGCUUCAUCGUGAUUGGCUUCCUGAUCUCCCGCCUGAAGAAAGGAGGCGCAACCUGGAUAAGUA